AUGGCAAGGCAAAACCAUGGUCCUCGUGAAGCCUUCAAUGAUAGGCAUGGUUAUCCUGAUGGGCCUUUCAUGCGGGGUCCUCCGAUGCCUAGGCAUCCUCCUCCUCGUCCUGCUUUGUUGGAGGAAAAGCUUGAACUACAGCAUGCUAAGAUUCGGAGGCUCUUAGGCGACAAUAGGUGGCUAGUCGAAGACUAUACGGCUCUGGAUCGAGAGGUUGGUGCUGCCAAGGAGGAGCUUCAUCGCAUGAACCUCAUUAUUUCCGACAUACGUGCAGAACAAGAAAUGAGCUAUAGAGAGCUUAGGGAGAAAGGCAUGAAGCUGGAGGCUGAUCUUCAAGCAACUGAGCCUUUGAAAACUAAGACUGCACAACUUCGCACAGAAGUCCAGAAGCUGAAUAACCUUAGGCAGGACCUUGCAGCGCAAGUUCAAAGCCUCGCAAAGGACACUUCAAGAUUGAAAGCUAAUAAUCAACCAAUUCCUCUUUUAAGAGCAGAGAUUGAUGGCAUGCUCCAGGCACUUAUGUAUGCUAGAGUUGUGCUUGAUUAUGAGAAGAAAGCAAACAUUGAGUUGAUUAUGAGAGGUAAGAAGAUUUCCGCUCAUCUUUUGCUUGAUAUAUUGCCAUUGAGGAUUGUUUUAGAGCCUUUUGAUAGAGGAAGGGAGCCCUUUGAUGUACUGUUGGGUUCUAGUUGUUCAAAGAUUCAAAGUGGGUGUACAACUGCUGUAAUGCUGUCAGAUAAUCUUGAAUUUGCUACAAAUCCUAUGUCUAAGCAUAUUAAAAAGGGUUAUCUAAGCAACAGAUUAGACAUGGGUGAUAAUGAAACAAGUGAAGUUGAAGAGGAUGCUAACUCAAUGUCUUCGAAACGAGCUUGA